CGGCGGGCGCUCGGAGCGUGAGGGCGCGGGCUGCUCCCUCAGUAGCGGGGGCGAGCGGGGGCCAGGGUGCGGGCGGCUAAGAUGAGUGAAAGGAGAAGAUCUGCAGUCGCCCUGAGCUCGCGAGCACAUGCCUUCUCCGUUGAAGCCUUGAUCGGCUCAAAUAAAAAACGGAAACUGCGAGACUGGGAGGAGAAGGGGCUGGACCUGUCCAUGGAGGCGCUGAGCCCCGCGGGCCCACUCGGAGACGCGGAGGACGCGGCCGCACACGGCCUGGAGCCUCACCCGGAUUCUGAGCAGAGCACUGGUUCAGACUCGGAGGUGCUGGCUGAGCGGACUUCCUGCUCCUUUGACACGCACGCUGACCUGGGCCCGGGUGCUGCAGGCCCUGUGCCUGCUGCCAUGGCUUCCAUGGAGGAGAUCCAGGUGGAGCUGCAGUGCGCUGACCUUUGGAAGCGGUUCCAUGACAUUGGGACGGAGAUGAUCAUCACCAAAGCGGGCAGGAGGAUGUUUCCUGCCAUGAGAGUGAAAAUCACUGGUCUGGAUCCACACCAGCAGUACUACAUAGCAAUGGACAUUGUGCCUGUGGACAAUAAAAGAUACAGAUACGUGUAUCAUAGCUCCAAGUGGAUGGUGGCUGGCAACGCUGAUUCCCCUGUGCCACCAAGAGUUUAUAUACACCCUGAUUCUCUAGCUUCCGGAGACACUUGGAUGAGACAGGUGGUCAGUUUCGACAAACUCAAGCUGACCAACAAUGAACUGGAUGAUCAAGGACAUAUCAUUCUGCACUCCAUGCACAAAUACCAGCCUCGAGUUCAUGUGAUUCGCAAGGAUUUCAGCAGCGACCUUUCACCCACCAAACCUGUUCCUGUUGGGGAUGGAGUGAAAACGUUCAACUUUCCUGAGACCGUGUUCACUACGGUCACAGCCUAUCAGAACCAGCAGAUCACCAGAUUAAAAAUUGACCGAAACCCUUUUGCUAAAGGAUUCAGAGAUUCUGGAAGAAACAGAACCGGACUGGAAGCCAUCAUGGAGACUUAUGCGUUCUGGAGACCCCCUGUACGCACACUCACCUUUGAGGAUUUCACCACCAUGCAAAAGCAGCAAGGGGGCAGCACAGGCACUUCCCCGACCACCUCCAGCACUGGCACACCAUCCCCUUCAGCUUCUUCUCAUAUUUUAUCUCCAUCCUGUUCUCCUCCAACUUUUCAUCUGGCCCCCAACACUUUCAACGUGGGCUGCCGAGAGAGCCAGCUGUGCAAUCUGAACCUCUCUGAUUACCCGCCCUGUGCCCGAAGCAACAUGGCUGCCUUGCAGAGCUACCCAGGGCUGAGUGACAGUGGCUACAACAGGCUGCAGAGUGGCGCUGCUGCAGCCACUCAGCCCUCUGAAACCUUCAUGCCUCAGAGGACUCCAUCCCUGAUCUCAGGAAUACCAACUCCUCCCUCGUUGCCUAGCAACAGCAAGAUGGAAGCCUAUGGUGGCCAGCUGGGGUCCUUCCCCACUUCCCAGUUUCAGUAUGUCAUGCAGGCAGGCAAUGCAGCCUCCACUUCCUCCUCGCCACACAUGUUCGGGGGCGGCCACAUGCAGCAGAGCUCCUACAAUGCCUUCUCUCUCCACAACCCUUACAAUCUGUACGGAUACAACUUCCCCGCUUCCCCUAGGCUGGCUGCCAGCCCAGAGAAACUGAGCGCCUCGCAAAGCACUUUACUCUGUUCUUCGCCUUCCAAUGGGGCCUUCGGAGAGAGGCAGUACCUGCCCACGGGGAUGGAGCACAGCAUGCACAUGAUCAGCCCUUCACCCAACAACCAGCAGGGGGCUAACACCUGUGACGGCCGGCAGUAUGGGGCGGUCCCAGGCUCCUCCUCCCAGAUGUCCGUACACAUGGUUUAAAGGCCAGUCCAAACACCAGCCAAGGCCCCAGAGUCUCCACCAUGGGCACCUCCUCCUCUUUGGGAGCCCACGGCCCUUGAAACACAGGAACUGCAUAUAUAUUUUUUUUCUGGAGGAGGAAAGCAUAUGCCCAAGGACAAGAGACAUUGAAGCCACUGAAGUAUACUCGUGAUGGAAUCAUCUUCAACCCAGUGGCCAUGCUCCUGCCUUCCCAAAGCUUAGUUUUAUAAAGCAUUGUCUACUCCAGAGUGUUCUUUGAAGAAACUGAAUAAUCAUUUUAUAAUAAUGUUAAGGGAGAUGCUAGUGUUUAGCAGCCAUGAAGUUAGCCACACACACAUACAGAAUGACCCAUACAUACAUACAUACAUACAUUCAUACACACAUAUGUUCACACAGACUCAUACACACAUACAUAUACAUGGCACACAGACUCAGAACUGGGCGAACUCUGUGGAGGGAGGCCCGCAAUGGGUAUUUUCGCCAAGAAUUGUCUGUGUACAACACUAGAUGGACCCGGCUGGCAGUACUGCCCACCUUUCUCCCCUGCAGCUGUCCCUGUUUCUGGAAUGAACCGUGUAUCCUGGAACCCCUUCCCAUCGAUGAAGGUGGGAAAACAUCAGAACUACAGCUGGACUUGGCUUCUUGAAGAAAAUUGUUUUUAAACUUUGGUUGUCUUCACUCAGUGUGACGUUCCCAGUGGUGCCGUGAAAAGAUGGAGAGAGAGAGAAAGAGAAAGAAUAGAGGGCAAGAGAGAGGCUGAGAGCAAGACUGACAGAGGAAGUGUGAGCAGUGAUGAGAGUUUCAAUUCACCAAGGAAUUGGUUUUGGUUUGUUUUCCCCGGCCCCCUGCAGGUUAUAGAAGGAAUCCUGGUGUUGAGGAGUGAGUGUCUCUGGGACUCUGUGCCUGGUCAAGGGCAGUGGUGAGAGGGACCGUGCAAGGAAUGAGUCUUGAUCCCACAGCUCUGACCAUUGUGAUCCAGAAGAGGGUGCACCAUGUGGGAAGUGUGGGUUCUGGAGCAUGUAGCCUGGCGUGGGAAGGGACGUAGGGGAAGUGUGAAGAUGGAAGAGUGUUAUAACCCUGGCAGAUGAAACCAAGCGCAGAAGCAACAAAAGAGGCCUGGCCUUCGCAAGUCAGAUCCAGAUACCUGGCAGGAGAGAUCCUGUCAUGUCCCAGGGAAUUGCAGAUGGGCCGUCUACAUCCUUCCACCUGCCCUUAGAUCUCCAUUUUUAUCAAAUAGUUCAUUGCAUUUUGAUGUUUUGGGUUUUUGCCUUCAUCUUUCCCUUCCCCUUCAAAUCCUUUAAUGAUAAGAAAAACAAGUGGAGUUUGGUGCAAGCUAAACUUUUUAAAUGGUGUGGAAAUGCAAAUAAUACCAAGUAAAAUAAUACAGAUAUUAUUAAGAUUUUUGGUUUUGAGGUGUUGUAGAUAAGUGUAUUUAUGUGCCUAGUGGGGAAUUCAAUAUUAUGAAUAUUAAAAAAGGGGGCAAUAAAAGGUAUGUAAAAUAUGUAUGAAGAAAAGGUGUAUAAAAAUUUGCCCUUAUGCACGGAACUCUUGUUUCUAAGUGCCAAGCACAGAAAGCCGCUAAAUAAACUCUUUGCCAUUGUU